AUGGUGAACGUGCCGAAGACGAAGAAGACGUACUGCGGCGGCAAGUGCAAGAAGCACACCACGCACAAGGUCACGCAGUACAAGAAGGGCAAGGACAGCGUCUACGCGCAAGGAAAGCGGCGGUACGACCGCAAGCAGUCGGGCUAUGGAGGGCAGACGAAGCCCGUCUUCCACAAGAAGGCGAAGACGACGAAGAAGAUCGUGUUGAGGCUGCAGUGCCAGUCGUGCAAGCACAUGCACCAAACGCCCAUCAAGCGUUGCAAGCAUUUCGAGAUUGGCGGAGACAAGAAGGGCAAGAGCACAUCUCUUUUCUAA